CCCACCCCUUUCCAAAAUCACUUUACCCGGGUCUGUCCUUUAACUUUCUCAAAGCAGCGACGUCUAGAUUGCAAAGAGAUUAAAGAUUAGGAUCUGGAACAGCGGAGGGCAGCUGCAUAAUUAACUCCACGACCAGGAAUUGAGUUAUUCCUGAGUCGCGUCGGAUUCUCCUGACAAAGUGACACAACGUGGGCGGCGCGUUGAGCAGACGGUCUGUACCACCGCGGCGGCUCCGCGCAGGAGUCAGAAGCUGGACCGGAGGCGGUGGAGUACGACGGUGCAGCUCGGAGUAACCUGCGGAGUAAGCCAUGCAUGUGAGAGGAGUUUUGGUCCGGGGCCAGGCUGGAAGGGUACGGUAGGACCCGUCUCGUGGUGGGUGCGCGUCUCUCCAAGGUGGAUUCGGUUUCCAGCCCUGUAACACAAACUGACGGAGCGACUUCAUCUGAGCAGCCUGUUCACAAGAGACCGAGCCGGACGGAAAGGACAGUUCAUCACCCGAAGGCCGGCUGAAAUAUUCCCCGGGCUCUUCGUUAAAGGAUCGCGAUGGAACAAACCCUGUGAUUUUAUCUGUGCAGCUCGUUUGGAGGCUGAUUGGUUUCUGUCGGGCUACGCGCCUUCGCUUCUGCUGACAUUCCCGACAACAAACGCAUCUUUGGCACCUUCGGAAAAUUGUGUUGUCGCGACUUUGCUUUGCACAGUGAAAGUCGGAGGAGUCGGUGGAGUGUCGGUGGAGUGAGGGAGCGAGGUGCAUGAAAACAUCUCGCCAAGUCGGAAGAAGACAUUUAACGACACGUGAAAAUGAUGUGAAGAAUAAAAGCGUGGAAAUGCGUCGCAAAUGCUUCUUUCUGCUCGAGGUGUGUGCCGUCAUCAGCUUUCUGCCGUCAGCCUCUUUAGCAGAUUUGACAUGUGAAGCUCUGCUCAUGCUGUCAGGGAAUUUCUCAUUACAGUCCCUGGCCGCGUCCUGGAACCAAACCCUGAGCAAUGCCACAGGUCAGUGGAGUGGUUCGGGACUCUACUGUGACACCUCCAUCGAUGGCAUUGGCACCUGCUGGCCCAGGAGCAGCGCCGGCCAGAUGGUGUCACGACCCUGUCCAGAGAUGUUCUUCGGUGUCAGAUACAACACCACGAAUAAUGUUUAUCGGAAAUGUCUUGCAAAUGGGACAUGGGCGUUGAAGGGGAACUACUCCAUGUGUAAGGCCAUACUUCACGAGGAGAAAAAAAGCAAGAUGCACUACCAGAUAGCUGUGAUCAUAAACUUCCUGGGUCACUGCAUCUCGAUGGUGGCUCUGCUCAUCGCCUUCUUCCUCUUCUUGUGUUUGAGGAGCAUCCGCUGCCUGAGAAACAUCAUCCACUGGAACCUCAUCACCGCCUUCAUCCUGAGGAACGCCACCUGGUUCAUCGUCCAAAUAACCAUGAGCCCCGAGGUGCACGAAAGUAACGUGGUGUGGUGUCGCCUCGUCACCGCCUCGUUCAACUAUUUCCACUCCACCAACUUCUUUUGGAUGUUUGGCGAGGGCUGUUACCUCCACACCGCCAUCGUCCUCACCUACUCCACCGACAAGCUGCGCAAGUGGAUGUUCAUCUGCAUCGGCUGGUGUAUACCAUUCCCCAUAAUUGUGGCGUGGGCCAUUGGGAAGCUCUACUACGACAAUGAGAAGUGCUGGUUUGGGAAGCGAGCUGGCGUCUACACAGACUACAUCUACCAGGGCCCCAUGAUUCUUGUGUUGGUGAUCAAUUUCAUCUUCCUCUUCAACAUCGUGCGAAUCCUGAUGACCAAACUGCGAGCCUCGACCACGUCGGAGACCAUCCAGUACAGGAAAGCUGUGAAAGCGACUCUGGUGCUCCUCCCUCUCCUGGGAAUCACCUAUAUGCUGUUUUUUGUCAACCCGGGGGAAGAUGAGAUCUCUCAAAUCGUCUUCAUAUAUUUCAACUCCUUUCUGGAAUCCUUCCAGGGCUUCUUUGUGUCAGUGUUUUACUGCUUCCUAAACAGUGAGGUGCGUUCGGCUGUGAGGAAGCGGUUCCACCGAUGGCAGGAGCAGCACUCCAUCCGGGCCAGGAUGACCCAGGCCAUGUCCAUCCCCACUUCACCUUCACGGGUCAGCUUUCACAGCAUCAAGCAGUCCACGUCGCUAUGAGAGGCAAAACCAGCUUUGUCCUACAUACGUGCUUUGGGAGAAACCUCCAGCUGCUGUUGUCAUCAUUUUCUGCCUCAUCACUGGAGGACACUGAAAGACUAGAGAGCAAGAGAGGGAGAGACUGCAUCAGUCUCCCAAACCUCAGGAGGGACAUUAGACAUUCUGGAGAAAAUGGAUGGGGGCGAGGAAUAAGGACACUGCAGACUUUGUGAAAUGAGAGGUUAGUGGAUCAAACGAUGCACGUGACCAAGCUGAGUUUGGAUGUGAAUGUACAGCACUCCAUAUUCUUUUAUGUUUGCCUGCCGUAGAAAUUCUCUGUUGUAUUUCUGCUUGCACACUGUUACUUUUGCUUUCUUGCAUCAGUGGGAACUUGGAUCUUGUGCCACUGGACUGCACUGAACUGGAUUCCACCCCGGCGGACACUGGACUCAAAUGCUGCAGGGGCAGUGACUAAGUUAUUACCAUGAAACUUUCAGAUUUUAUUUUCAUUUUUUCUAAUUUUAUUUUGUUGUCACAAACAAUUGUCUGAUCUUAGUGUUUGUGUUAAUUUGGUGUUGUGCUAUCUUCCUCUGUUGUCAGUCAGCUUGGUGCAGUCGUGCUUCUUUCAUCAACUUUCCAGGAGGGUUAAACACAUUCCACACGAUCUGCCUGAAGAGUUUUGUUCCAGAAUAAUGCGUCUACCGUGAACACAUCUGUGGCGUUUACUGCUGUCGCUAAAAUCAAACACAUAAUGGGCUUGAAAUUUGUUUUCUUUUUGAGAAUGUUAUGCAUGAAGCGAGAGACAAGAGGAGCCUCAGACGUAACAUACAGCGAUAAGAUCCAUCUCAGUAACACCUCUCUCUUUAGGAAUGAUUUAAUCCAAACUGGAUGUUGAGUUUGACUAAAAUAAUUAAACCUGAUCUAAUUUUUUUUCCACUCAGGUUGGCACAAUAAGCUGUAAAUUAUCAUAUGAUCAUAUGCAGCUGUUAUGAGGAGCAUGUUAGCAAACAGUUGCUUGAUUACAUGUCCAUCAGGGACAAUGCAACGUUAGCAUUCAUUUCAGGUCUGUUUUGUGGCCACCUGAUGAAUGUAAGUCCAAUGUUCCACCUCUUUUAUCCCUGUUUUUGGCCUCUACCAGCUCCUGGAGGAAAUAUCUGUCUCUGUAGCUGCUAAAAGCUCCACUGUUCACCAGCUGCUCUCUGACUGAGUCUGUCUGCUGGUGGCUGCUGAGCAGGUUGUGUACAGGGUUGUUUUUUUUAUAGCUUUUAUAUUGAAAACAGCUUCCUGCUGCACCUAAAACCGACUGAGACUUAACCAGAAGUUGUGACCUGGAAAUCCAAAACAAUCCAAAAGAUAAAUACCUCGGAGUGGUGCAGUUUUAAGUCAGUCACAAGACACAACAUACAAAGACUGCUGGAUGUUUGGAAGCUCCAGAAAAUGCCAAGAACAGGAACAAGAGUUGAGAUGAUUUUUGUCAAACUCCCACGGUAUUAACACUCAUAAAUAUAUAUAUAAUAUUUUUAUUUGGAACAAAACUCUUCAGCUAAAUAAAGAGACUUACUAUUGUUGCCUCUCUACCAGCAAGCCACAUACAGGGAAUCUUUAGCUGAGAAGGAUAAAUCCAGUCAGGAAGAUGUUCAUUCUUGCAACUACCAAGUGACUUUCUGUGGUGAUUGGUCGGCUUGAAGCACGACACCUGAGCGAGCUGUGCAGUAACUUUGUUUACUGAUUUAUUGUAAAUAUAAAUUCUAGAGCGGGGUGUUAAAAUCCAGUGAAGUCGUCACAGAUAUAAACCAAAAAAAAAGACAAACCACACACUGUAAAUCAUAUGGGCACAUUAUCCAUGUGAUCAGCAACGUGCAGUCCACAUUCCUACUAUACCAGUAUGCCUAGCACCUGUGCAUUUUUAUGAACUGCUAUUUAUGUCAAAUUGUAUAUGAACCUCAUCUGUUUGUUGCCCUUAAGUUAAAUUUCAUUGUGUUUUUUUUUUUUAUCCCUUUCAAGUGAUGUGUGAGCUCUGGUUGUUAUAAAAAGUCAGAUUGUUUAAGACAACAGAUUUUCACACGCCACUGCGAUGUGUAUUAUUCUCAUUGAUAUAUGCUCAAAUUAAAGAAAAGUCUAGUUAUCAUGCACUUUUUGCAAUGUAAAGAAAGUUUCCCCAGUAAGAAAAGUUAAUGUUAUAACGUUUUUGUUUUUGUUUUUAACUGCAGCAACCAAAAGUUUGAUGUCAGCGGGAAUAUGUUGGUGACAUGUUUUCAUUCCAGCACAGUGAAAAGCAUUUGGUCAAACAAAGAGAAACAUCCACUGACACUGACUUCUCCAUAGUUAUGUGGUACAUGUGUUGGUCAAUCAAAGUCACAAUGUAAUUCACGAUAUUAUUUAUUGUUAUUUAUUUCCGAUAUUGUUAUUUUCAUACUUGAAAAGACGUCAUGGUAUAAUAAACAGUGUGUUGCAUUCGACUGAAUGAAAAAUUUAAC